AGCCGGGCAGCGCAGGGACCUCAUCAUAAUUACUGUUAAUAAUUACAGUCGGUAAUAACGACAGUAGAUUAUGAAUGGUUAAAAAUGAGGCGGCGGCUGCAGAUGCCUUCCAAAUACUGGAGGAAGAAGGUAGAAGUUUGGAUUAGGAGUCAAUCAGAGCCUCAUAGAGGAGAAGAAGAAGGAGCAGGAGGUCCUCCAAGGCACCAGAAGCAGCCAUGGUGAAGCAAGCAGGGCUCAAGGAGUACCUGGUCGCUCGCUCUCUGUACUCGGAGGAGACCUUUGCAGAGGAGCAUGAGAAGGUCUACAGGCACCACAAGACCGGCUUGGAUCACCUCAAGCAGUACUUCACGUGUGACGCCAGACGUGCCAAAAAUGCGGUUCUGUCCCUCCUGCCAAUCAUCGGCUGGAUGAAAAUCUAUCGCAUCAAAGAGUGGCUUCUUAGCGAUAUCGUGUCGGGCAUCAGCACUGGACUCGUCGCCGUCCUGCAAGGGUUGGCGUAUUGUCUCCUGGCGUCUCUUCCACCCUGGUAUGGUCUCUUCUCUGCGUUCUUCCCUGUGGUCCUUUACUUUUUCCUGGGAACCUCUAGGCACAUCUCAGUAGGUCCAUUCCCGGUGUUGUGUUUGAUGAUUGGCUCGGUGGUCACCAGGCUGGUACCAGACGAAGGGCCGCCCGCUAACAUCACAGGUUUUGAAGGCCUGACCAAGGAUGAGCAGAGGGUGUUGGUGGCCUCGUCCGUCACUUUCCUGGCUGGCAUCAUGCAGCUGGCGAUGGGCGUCCUGCAGGUGGGCUUUGUGGUCAUGUACCUGUCCGACACUCUGGUGUCAGGUUUCACCACCGCAGCAGCCAUCCACAUCCUGGUGUCCCAGCUGAAGUUUGUGCUGGGCCUGCAGGUCCCAGGAAUCAGUGGACCACUCUCUAUUAUAUAUACUCUGGAGAUCAUCUUUGGUAAGAUACAGUCCACCAAUGUAUGCGACGUGGUCAUCUCCUUGGUCAUCAUGGUGGUUGUGUUCAUCGUGAAGGAGCUCAAUGACAGGUUCAAAGCCAAGCUGCCGGUUCCUAUUCCCAUCGAGGUCAUCAUGACGGUCAUAGCAUGUGGAGUCUCUUAUGCGUUUGACUUCAGGACAAAGUAUGGCAUCGAUGUUGUUGGACACAUUCCAAAGGGGUACGAGCCUCCAAUAGCUCCCAACGUGCACAUCUUCCAGGAGACCGCGAUGGAAGCGUUCCCAAUGGCCAUCGUUGGUUUUGCUGUGGCCUUCUCCGUGGCAAAGGUCUACUCCGUGAAACACGACUACACCAUAGACGGAAACCAGGAGCUGAUCGCUUUUGGAGUAAGUAACAUUUUCGGAGCGUCCUUCAAGUCUUUCGCAGCAAGUACAGCUCUUUCCAGGAGUGCUGUGCAGGAGAGCACAGGAGGAAAAACACAGAUAGCCGGUUUGCUAUCAGCUGUCAUCGUGAUGAUCGUAACCUUGGCCGUGGGAUUUCUACUGGACCCCCUGCCAAAGUCCGUGUUGGGUGCGGUGGUCAUCGUCAACCUGAAAGGCAUGCUAAUGCAGUUCCGUGAGGUCCCCUACCUGUGGAGGCGGGACAAGCCAGAUUGUGUGGUGUGGUUGGGCACCUGCAUCGCAGCCGUCUUACUGGGGUUGGACCUCGGGCUUGCAGCAGGUCUCGGUGUGGAACUUCUCAGUGUGGUCCUCAGGGCUCAGUUCCCUCGCUGCAGCGUCUUGGCCAACAUUAAGGGAACUGAUAUCUACAAGGACCGUAAGGACUAUGUUGACAUAUUUGAGCCAGAAGGAGUAAAAAUCUUCCGGAUCCCAUCACCGAUCUUCUUUGCCAACAUUGAGUUCUUCAGGAGCAAGCUGGUGGAAGCUGUUGGUUUUAAUCCACUGAGGGUGCUGAGGAAGCGUAAUAAAGCGCUGCGAAUGAUCCGGAAACAUGUAAAGAAAGGUUAUCUCCAGUGGACAUCAAAUGGGUUCCUAAACGUCUCAUGUGGACCCAUCAAAGAGGAUUCAGAGGCUGAAAACAACGUGGAAGACUUGGACCUGCCCACGGAUUUUAAGGACUUGCCUGCACGAAUCGACUGGAACGCCGCGCUUCCCGCCAACAUCACGGUUCCCAGAGUGGAUCUUCACAGUCUGGUCUUGGACUUUGCUGCUGUCUCCUUCCUGGAUGUCUCCGCUAUGAAGGGACUUAAAGCUGCACUAAAAGAACUGGUCCGGGUUGAAGUGGAUGUCUACAUCGUAGCUUGUGAUCCGUACAUCCUGGAAAAACUGCACCACUGCAGCUUCUUUGAUGAAGAACUUAAACCGUCUCUGUUCUUCCUGACGCUGCAUGACGCCAUGUUGCACAUCCUGGACAAACAUCCCGAGUGCACAAAGAAGAAAUCCAACUAUGACAAGAUUGUCACACAAGUCACAAUUCACAAUACUGGUGGAACUCUAAGGAGCAGAGAGAGAAAUGUACCAGAUCCAGAAACCAAGUUCUAACAUCUUACAGACUGCUUGCUUUUUAGAAAUGUUCUAAAAACGACCAAAGGACAACCCCAAAAAACAGUUUGUCGGAUCAACAAUGCACUUAUGCAACGACAAUCAAUAUGUAAACGUUCUAAAUGUAAGCAAGAUGUAAUUGCCAAGUGUAAUGUUUGUUUGCAUUUCAUAUUGUACAUAGACUAUUGCAAUGGAUUUUAUAUGCUUUAUAGUUAUGUACUGUAUAUA